AUUAUAUCAACGGAUAUUAAUCCAUCAAUAAUAAUAUGGCUGGCAUUUUGUCCCUUACUUCUUUUCUACAAGUGCAUGCAUAAGGUGCAUAUCAUUUCUCUUCAAAAGAUAAAAGAAAAUGGCCCUCCAACAUGACUAUGAACGGAAGGCAGAGCUCAAGGCGUUCGACGAAACCAAAACCGGCGUCAAAGGCCUUGUCGACUCUGGAGUAACCGAGGUCCCUCCAAUAUUCCUUCUACCCACACCCGAAAAUCUCAACUCCGAGCAUCCAGACCUGACUCUUCCCACCAUCGACCUCCAAGGAAUCAACGACUCUUCGAUAAGGCGAAAGGAGGUGGUCGAGCAAGUGAAGGAUGCGUCGGAGAAGUGGGGAUUCUUUCAGAUAGUGAAUCAUGGAAUCCCCAUAAGUGUUUUGGAGGAGAUAAUAAAAGGGAUGAAGGAUUUUCAUGAGCAAGAAACUGAGAUGAAGAAGAAGUGGUACACAAGAGAGGUGAGUGGGAAGACUAGAGUGGUGUACAAUAGCAACUUUGAUUUGUACACUGGACCCGUGACUAACUGGCGAGACACUGUCUACGUCAACAUGGUUCCUAACCCACCCAAACCACAUGAGUUGCCACCACCAUGCAGGGAUAUUUUGUUGGAUUAUUCGGAACUAAUGAUGAAACUCGGGGUUUGUUUAUUCGAGUUAAUGUCUGAAGCUCUUGGGCUCGAAUGUAAUCACCUUUUGGAUAUGGGAUGUGCUGAUGGGCUUGCUGUUCAAGGCCAUUACUAUCCUUGUUGCCCACAACCUGAAUUAACAAUAGGCUCCCCGUGCCACACCGACAAUGAUUUCAUCACGAUUCUUCUACAAGAUCAUAUUGGUGGUCUCAAGGUCUUAUAUCAGAAUCAGUGGACUAAUGUUCCUCCUACACCCGGGGCUCUUAUAGUGAACGUCGGAGACUUUCUACAGCUGAUUACAAAUGACAAGUUUGUGAGUUCGCAACACAAAGUGGUAGCAAACAAGGCUGGGCCAAGAGUAUCGGUGGCAUCGUUCUUUACCACGGGUGCGAUUGAGACAUUGAAGGUGUAUGAACCCAUUGUUGAGUUGCUUUCAGAAGAUAAUCCGGCUAAGUAUAGAAGCACAACACUGAAAGAAUAUGUAAAUUAUUAUAGGGCAAAGGGACUUGAUGGCAUUUCUUCCCUUUUGCAUUUCAAGAUCUAACUCGUGCAAAAGUCAAUUUAUUAUGAGUCUUCAUUGUUAGUUAAAGCUAUUUUUAUGUUCGUCGUAUGGUGAUGUAAUCUCUAUCAGUAUAUUUUAUCAGUUUGGUGUGAUCUUUAAGAAGAAUAGGUACUAUUGUUUGGUUUA